AUUCCGUUUCUCUAGUAGUCACGCGAAUGUUCUUUUUUGUGCUUAGUGCUGUGUUUUCCCUGUUUUUUCGACGACUUCUGCUCUGUUUUUGGACUUCUUUGAUUGCCCUUACGUUUGACCUUGGCUUUGUUUCUGGUUUUGAUUGGAUUGCAUUACUUUGGACUUUGGCUUGCUUACUGGACCUGAGAAUGAGCGAUUACGAACCCGUAGCGGGGCCUUCUUCGGCAUCUGACGCUUUACUCGAGGAACCAUCACACAUCGACGAAGACUUCUCUGACGACGGCGACUAUGUGAAGCGUCGACUAUACGUGUCUGAGAUUAUGUUCAUGUGGAAUCUGUCGGAUAUUGUGCGUGAACUUGGAACGAACGAGCAAUGUGUUCGAUAUAGUGAGGAUGAAGGGCUGGUCCUAAAGGAACGAAAGUGCGGCAAACAUAAAACUAAUAUGAAAAUUUCAUACUCAAGUGGCUGCAAAUCGCUUGGUACUUUCAUAUGUGCUAAAGCAUCCUGUAAGGGGAAAGCUGGAGGCAGUGGAGUUAAAACCUCACGACGACAAGGGACUUUUUUUGAAAAUGUAACUCUUGAUAUGCCCCACAUAUAUUACCUCAUAUAUGCAUAUUCACAAGGAUGGUCUUAUAAUCAAACAAUCCAUGAAGACCCAUAUAAACGACAGAGACAACAAUGUUUAAGCCCAAAUACAAUAUGUGAUUGGUACAAUUACUGCAGAGAGGUAGUUGUUAUUUACUACCUCGAGAAACAGAAUCAGUUUACUGGAAAGAUUGGUGGCCCUGGUAAAAUUGUACAAAUUGAUGAGAGCAAAUUUGGAAAACGAAAAUACAAUAAAGGACGUCACAUCGAAGGCCACUGGGUGCUCGGUAUGAUAGAAGAUGGGUCUGAGGAUCUCAGACUAGAGGUGUGCCCGGACAAUAUUAGGUCUGCUGAGGUACUGGUGCCGCUUAUACAGAGACAUGUGGCGGCGGGUACCACAAUUCAUACUGAUUGUUGGCGGGCAUAUGAUUGUUUGGCAGAACACGGGUACACACAUAAAAAAGUUAACCACUCAGACCCAGACAAUCCAUUUGUGGCUGAAGAUGGGACUCAUACACAACGAAUUGAGUCGCAGUGGAGAGCAGUGAAGAGGUUUUUUAGAAAACAAAAUUAUAAUAAUUCUCAAAGUUUUACAGACGUGAUAGUAGAGUAUUUGUGGAGACGAAAUGUAGAAAAGUUUAAAAAGGAUCCAUUCAAAGAAAUUAUGCGAGCAAUAAAGCAUGUGUAU